ACAAACCUGUUAGCGGUGACCGAUAUUUGUUCAGUGCUUUUGUGUAUCUUCUCUGUUUGUGUCUUUGUAUGUGUGUUCCCUGAGGAGGCUUCUUUCUCUCUCUAAAAUAUAUUCAUUCUCCCUACUCCUCCUCUCGGAACUUCACUCUCUCUUUCUCUCUCUACAAUUUGUGUUUCUCUCUACAGCCAUGGCCGCCGACAGCUUCACCGACAAAAAUGCCGUUUUCCGGAAGCUCAAAGCCAAGUCCGAGAACAAGAUGUGCUUUGAUUGCAAUGCGAAGAAUCCUACAUGGGCGUCGGUUACGUAUGGGAUCUUCUUGUGCAUUGAUUGUUCGGCAACGCAUCGUAGCCUUGGUGUUCACAUCAGUUUUGUUAGGUCGACAAAUUUAGAUUCAUGGUCUCCAGAUCAGUUGAAGAUGAUGUACUUUGGUGGAAAUAACCGUGCUCAAGUUUUUUUCAAGCAGCACGGAUGGACGGAUGGAGGCAAGAUUGAAGCCAAGUAUACCUCCAGGGCUGCCGAAUUGUAUAAACAAUUACUCUCAAAAGAAGUUGCUAAAAGUAAAGCUGAGGAAAGUAAAGCACAGGGUGCAGGUUUGCCAGCAUCACCUGUUGCCUCUCAGGCUGUGCAGACUACAAAUGGAUUUUCUAAUAUUAAGACUAGUGAAGCUCCAAAAGAAACCUCAUCAUUUAAGGAUGAAACACCAGAGGUUUCUGCUUCACCCAAAGCUUCACAAUCAGUUUAUACUACAAUUAAGAAACCUAUAGUUGCAAAGAAAUCUGGCAAGCCAGGUGGACUUGGAGCUCGUAGACUUACUAAAAAGACAAGUGAAAGUUUGUACGACCAGAAGCCUGAAGAACCGCCUGUUCAAGUUUCUUCCUCCAACCCUGCAAGUAAUGCACCAACUGGUGGCUCAUCAUUCACAUCUCGCUUCGAGUACACAGACAAUGUCCAGCCCUCUGAGAUGAGUUCUGGACGUGUUCUUAACCAUGUAUCCCCUCCAAUGUCCUCCAAUUUUUUUGCGGACUAUGGAAUGGAAAGCGGUUUCAAAAAGAAAAGCUCGAAUUCUUCCAAAGUUCAAAUCGAGGAAACUGAUGAAGCAAGGAAGAAGUUUACUAAUGCAAAAGCGAUUUCAUCCGCCCAAUUCUUUGGUGAUCAGAGCAAAGCUGAAAUGGAAGCCUCAGUUUCUCUUAAGAAGUUCUCGGGUUCAAGUGCCAUAUCAAGUGCAGACCUUUUUGGUGACGAUGAUAGAUCAGAUCUGGACCUCACUGCUGGUGAUCUCAUUAACCGGAUCUCGUUCCAGGCACAACAGGACAUGUCCUCUCUGAAAAACAUUGCUGGAGAAACUGGAAAGAGACUUGGCUCAUUUGCGUCAACCUUAAUGUCCGAUUUUCAAGACCGAAUCCUGUGAGGUUACAGGACCAGAAUAUUUCAGGCAGAUGCAAACAUUUUGUAUGAAAAAUAAUAAUGGAAUGGAACUCUAUAUAUAGGCUUUGAAGAAGCUGGUCUUGCCUGCAUGUUAAAAAUUUCUUUACGUGUUUUUUGUUAUCUUCGUUUGGUUCUCGAUGAGGUUUGUAGAGCUUUGUUCAACAAUUUACUGUUUUCUGGUCGCGUUUGAGUUGUGAAAUCAUUCUACUGUAAACUAUAGUGAAAAACUCUUUAGAUUUUAUCCUCUU